AUGCCACCAGUACCACCAGCUCCAACUCCUCUUCCACCAGUUGCUGCUCCACCAGGACCAACCGCGGAAACUAAUACUGUGUUUGGUAAGUUUAACUUCAAAACACAAUUGUUAACUUUUGAAAUUGCAGACGCGUGUGGAAAAUCAGGAAGAAAUGCAUGUGAAGAAAGAUUGGAACAACUUGGAGUGAAAAGAGGCGACAAAAUAAUGGCGAAAACUUCUGCUCCAAUGGGAAAUGAAAAUGCGGUUGGAGUCCAAACCAACGUUUUUGGAAUUGGAAAAGAUGGUCGUGACAUCACAGUUUUUUGCUAUGUUGUUCAUAUUACCGCCGAUUUGACAACAUCCAAAACUGCAACAUUCACCAAGAAGGGAAAUGAAGAUUUCAUCGUUUUGGAGCGACAAGAAAAAUGUUCGAACAUCUUCGAAACUGCCGUUUUGCAAAAUUCCGACUUUUUCAAAAUGUCACAAAAUAAUCGAAUUGUUUAUGAUGGUCAAUCACAGUUGUUCACCACCAUUGAUAUUUUCGAAAAUACCAAAGAAAAGAAAAGAUUGUUGCAAGUGAAUGGAGCGGAUACUAAACACAAAGAUCUUCAAAACUUACCAGCUAUCACAAUGGAAGUAUAUGUCGGUGAACGACCAUCUGUUGAUUAUACUCACAAAGCGUUGACUGAAAAAACUGCAGAUUCAAAUUUGGAUGUUAAUGAUAGAGCUUUGACACAACUAACUGAACUUAUCUUCAACAGACAAUGCAAAAUUCAAAGGUUCGUUAAAAACAGUCAACCUUUGUUUUUAAGUUUAAUUUUUUAAUUACAGUGCACGAUUCGCUUGUUUUGAGCAUGGAAAAGUGUAUGUUUUAAAUCCAGUUGAUGAAGGAUAUGAUCGCGAAGAUAUGAUGGAUGUGGGAGAUGGAAAAUACCUUCUUCCGGGCUUCAAAAAAACUGUCAAUUUCAUCGAGGGACCACAUGGCCGCGGUUUCAAUAAUCCAUCAUUGGUUGUUGAUGCAAUGAAAGCUGCUUUUCACAAAGAACAAGCAGUUGCGACUAAAAUUAUGGAGUUGGUUAAUACUGAUAAGAUUGAUGGUCUAAUGCCGGAUCACAGUCUCGAACAAUGUUUGCAAGUGUUCAAAGGAUUGCAUGUUUAUGCCAAUUACAGCGGAAAACUGCGAAGAAUGCGUAUUGAAGGAAUUCACAAAGACAACGCAAUCAGAACAAAGUUUGAUUUGGGAGAUGGCAAUAGUAUUUCAGUUGCAGAUUAUUUGAAACAAAAAUAUCAAGUUAGCUUGAAGUGAGUUUAUUUUUCUUUUUUUUUUUUUGGAUAAAAUAUCAUCGGUAUAUCGUAUCAAUUUUACAGAUUUCCAAAUUUAAAUGUUCUCAUCUGUAAAAAUCGAGGAAAUGUCAAUCAUUAUCCGAUGGAGUUGGUUAUUGUCAGUCCAAAUCAACGUGUCACAAUCAGCCAACAGACUUCGCAGCAAAGUCAAAAAACAACACGACAAUGCGCCGUUGCGCCGUUCAAAAGAACUCAAUUGACUAUGAAUGGUGUUCGGAUGAUGGGAAUGUUAGAAAAGGAUGGUCAAGAUUUGCUCAAUGAUUUCGGUCUAACAUUCUAUGAAAAUCCGCUUGUUGUGGAGGCAAAAAUGUUGGCUGGAAAGGAAUUGUCAUAUGGAAAAUCUACUGUGGUGGCGGAUAAUGGAAAAUGGCGUCAGCCACCAAAACAAUUUGUUCGAAAUGGUGGGGCGGUUGAUGUUUGGGCUGUUUAUGGAGUUGGAAGAGGAAUGAAUAACAACGAUGUUGUUCAAGUAGCGAAGAAAUUUUUGAUGGAAGCAAGAGCGCGAGGAAUUGGAUUCAAUGAACCCGCUGAAGCAAUCGUUAUAUCCAAAAAUGAAGUUGUUUCGAGAAUUGAAUGUGCAGCCAAGAACAAUGCAAAAUUCAUUUUGAUGCUAACCGAUGGAAAUAUCACUGAUUUGCACGGUGAGUAAUUAAACAUUGAGAAAAAUAUCGAUAUCGUUUUCGUUCAGGUCAAUAUAAACUUCUUGAAAGAAAUUUGGGUGUCGUGAUUCAAGAUAUGACAGCGAAAACAGCUCGAGACAUUCUUGGAGGAAAGAAUCAAACCUUGGAGAACAUUUUGAACAAAACCAAUAUCAAACUUGGUGGAAUGAAUUACCUGAUCAACGAUAAAUCACUCACCGAGGAUCAAUUGAUUAUUGGUGUUGGACAAUCUGCUCCGCCACCAGCGACAAAGUUUAUGAUGGAAGGAAAAGGUUUUUUGAAUCCGACAUGUAUUGGGGUGAGUUGGAAGGCUAUAUAAGUAUUUUUUUUUUAGUUUUAAUGAAUUCCAAUAAGCAAACUUUUCAGUAUUCUUCGAAUGUUGUUGAUGCACAAGAGUUUACUGGUGAUUUCACACUUGCUCUUCCAUCUUCUGAUGUAUGUUUCUUUAAUCAGAGAUAGCUCGGAAAAAUACUUGGUUUUCAGACUUUUGUUUCGAUGGAAGAAAUUUUGAAGAAUGUGCUCGAACAAUGGAAAACAAUGAGAAAGUCACCAUUGAAGAGAAUCAUUGUCUACAGAACAGCAACUGCCGAAGGAGGUUAUGGACCGAUUUUGGAAUUGGAAAUCCCAUUGGUACGAGAAACAAUUUCAAGAUGUGGUUUCGAUGCAAAGCUGGUUUACAUCGUGGUUAGCAAGGAACACAACUUGAGAUUUUUCUUGACAAACGUAGGUUACUGAAUCAUUUAGCAUUAAUCUAUUUUUUUCAUUUUUAGAUCAACCCCAAGGACAAACCAACCGAUCAAAACAUUCCUGCUGGAGUUUUGGUUGACACCCAAAUCACUCAUCCAUCCUUCAAGCAGUUUUAUUUGAAUUCUCACCGUACUCUCCAAGUGAGUUUUUCUAUUUAAUUUGUAUCAAUUGAAAACGAAUAUCACUGAAACCAUUAUUCAGGGAACUGCAAAAACCCCAUCCUAUAUUGUUCUCGUUGAUGACUUCGGAGCCAAAAUGGAAAAAUUGGAACAAUUGACCAACGCUCUUUGUCACCAUCAUCAAAUUGUUUCAAUGUCAACUUCUCUCCCUUCUCCACUCUACAUUGCAAACGAAUAUGCUAAACGUGGAAGAACACUUUGGAUGGAAAGAACGUAAGUUAGCAAAAUUAAAUGUUGAGAUUUUUAAAACAUUCCGAAAUGGCCCUUAAAAACCCUGUUAUUUUCUUUUCAUUUCUUAACAAUAUUUUUCAGUUCAUCGAAUCCACCAACCACCGGCGAAUCUGGCUCCAAUCGCCUUCAUGAUUACACCAAAGAAUUGUCAUACAACAACACGAAAUUCUCCACUCGAAGAAUCAAUGCGUAA